UUUUCCGUAUAUAAUUAUACAGCUGUGCAGUUAACAAACAUUCUGAUUCGAUCCUGAUAAAGGAAACAAGCACACCGCAAGCCACCAUGUUUAAGACAGCAGUAUUUCUUUCGGUUAUAUUCGCCAUUAUAUUUAAAGGAAAUAGUUUACAAUGUUACGUUUGCUACGAUUGUGAAAAGUUGAGUGAUGAUUACCUAACAUCCUGCGAAUCGAUGAUUUCUACUACUACCACUACUGCGCAACCUACAUCUACUAGAACCUCUACUAGUACCUCAACGAAUACCACGCCUUCCUCUACCACUACUAGUACCGAAUCAACUAGUUCAAGUUCUGCUACUACUAAUACUACGGAACCAACUACUUCAACUACUUCUAAUUCUACUACUUCUACUACUACUACUACUACCGAAUCUAUAAAUUCUACUACUACGACGACUACCAGAACACCUAGUACGACUACAACGACAACGACGAAUACAACUGAAGCUCCUCAAUCGCAAGUCUUCGAUUUUGGACAGAAACUAGAAAGAGCAAAUACUACGUGGGAGUGUGUCAAGGGAACUAUUCCAGUGAACGGCUCCGACGUAAUAGUCCGCGGCUGCGCAGCGGGCCGCACCAACGAAACAUGCGACAUGUUCGGGCUGAGCUCCUGCUCCUUCUGCUCAUCGGACAAAUGCAACUCGGCUGGUUCUAUACAAGCCUCAGCUGCUGUUUUAGCUGUAGUGUUCUUCGCAUAUAUAGUUAAGGACUUUUUGCUAUGUUUAGAAUGCUACAUCUGUGAUAACUGCCCGAAAGCCAAACUAAAUGAGAUACAAACCUGUGGGCCUACUACAAUAUCUGAGCCAUCGACUACGACAACGGAAUCUCCAGCCACCAUAACAGUGACGACAAAACUUUCAACCACUUCUACAUCAACCACACUUAAACUUACAACGGAAGCUAUAUCGGAAUUUACGACUGUCCCCUCAACAAUUUCUACAGAAGCUUUAACUACAUCAACGACAGAAGUUGCUACUACGACAGAAGCAAGACCAACUUCCACAGAAUCCACAACUCCAACAGUCGCAUCCUCAACAGCUGCGUUGGAAACUACAAAAACUCCAAUGAUAAGCCCCGCAGAUGAUAUAACCUCUUCUACAGAUACAACAAUAACUAUUCCUGGUUUUCCAAGCACCGCCUCACAAUUUCAACAAAUCACAACACCCACAGAGGCUGCAAUGACGUCGGCAUUACUGACUACAGCAACCAUAGCAGACGCUACUACAAGUUCUAUAACGACAUCUAUGGCACAUACAGCACUUAAUGGAACGGUAUCCGAACCCGUAAUCAGUACCAUAACAACAAAGGAGGAUCCUAGUCCAACAGACAGCACAGUUUCAUUUAUAUCUACGUUACCUACAACAACAGCAGUGCCUCUUGCAACUUUUCCUGGAACCGAAUCUAUAUUACAGACGUUUUCGUCAUUACCUCCGUUAACCGAACAGAACAUGGAAUCUACAAUACAAAAUAUUCCAACGUUGUCAUUGGCACAACCCAUCGCGACAUUCACGUCAGAAUCUGCAUCAAAGAUUCCUAAUAUAUCCAUCGGAAUUUAUCCUGAGUCUACAGUUAAUAAUAUAAGACCUGACAAAGAAACAAACGCGACAUACAGUAUUAGGAGAAUGAGGUCCUCAUCUGAAGCUUGUGCGUGCAAAAACGGAGAAAAAUGUGACUGUUUGGGCCAUCAAAGAUCCAAAAGAUACACUUUGAGAGGACUGGGGCUGUCGAAGGAAGCCGUCAAGUACGUUUGCUACGUGGAUAAAUAUAAAAUAAAUGAAACGGAAAUCGUGAAAAGAGGUUGUGCCGUCAAGGAAGCAGACGAAAAAACUUUGUGCACGAAUUUGGGUUUCGGAGGUGACUCCGGCGCCCUACAAUGCUUCGUCUGCCAAAAUUGUAAAGAGGUAACACCGGACCAUAUCCAAACAUGUGAACCACCAAAUCCAACCACCGUGAUGCCUACAACAAUUACGGAACCUCAGACUACAACUGAAGCUAAAACCACAACUACAUCUACAGAACCCACUAAUACAACGACGACAACCGAACAAACAACUACAACUACAGAACUGACUACUACAACUACGACAACCGAAGCAACAACUACAACCACUGUGGCUACGAAUACUACUACGGAACCAACGACAACUACUACGGAACCAACGACAACUACUACUGAAGCUACAACUAAUACCACAACCACCGAAGCAACAAUUACGACGACUGAACCUACGACUACAACCACAACUACAGAGACCACGACUACAAAUACUACUACUGAAGCUACAACCAUAACCACUGAAGCCACAACUACAACUACAGACCCAACUACUACGACAACGACAACAGAAGCAACCACCACAACUACAGAACCUACAAAUACAACUACCGAAGCUACUACUACAACAGCCGAACCUACGACUACAACUACAACCACAGAGGCCACGACUACAAAUACUACUACUGAAGCUACAACCACGACCACUGAAGCCACAACUACAACUACAGAACCAACUACAACGACUACGACCACAGAAGCAACCACCACAACUACAGAACCUACAAAUACAACUACCGAAGCUACUACUACAACAGCCGAAGCUACGACUACGACAACAGAAGCUACUACUACAACUACAACCACAGAAGCCACGACUACAAAUACAACUACUGAAGCUACAACCACGACCACAGAAGCCACAACUACAACUACAGAACCAACUACUACGACUACGACCACAGAAGCAACCACCACAACUACAGAACCUACAAAUACAACUACCGAAGCUACUACUACAACAGCCGAAGCUACAACUACGACAACAGAAGCUACGACUGUAACAACUGAACCUACAACUGUGACAACCGAAGCUACUAAUACAACAACUGAGGCCACAAGCACAACAAUAGAGCUUACUACUAGCACAAGCACAGAAGCAACUACGACUACGACAACUGAACCUACAACUACUACAACUGAGGCUACAGCUACUACAACUGAACUCACCACUGAAGCUACCACGACUACCACACAGCAGGCUUCUGACCUCGCUGGCAGCUUAAGUGCAAAGAACCGAUUCUACAGGAGUAUCAAGCAAAAUAGAGACGGCGACUUGCAAGUUCGAUGCGUUGUCACCAGUUACAGGGAAGAAAAUGGUGAAGAAAACGUAGUCCGGGGCUGUUCGUACGAGUCCGAAAACGCAACAGCCCGUUGCCACGAAGCCAUCGGGCGAGAUGAUGUGGACCUCGUCCGCUGUUCCGUUUGCGACGGCGAUCUAUGCAACUCCGCAGCUGGAGCGGCCCUCGCUUUUGUACCUUUUAUCUUAGGUUUAUUGAUUAAUUUAUAAAUACAGUAUGUAAAAUAGUCAUACUACUAUACUUCUAUAGUUACUGGUGCGAAUGUGAUAAAGUGUGUAUGUAUUUAUUGGUACAAAUGAUACCUCUAACAAUCAUAUAUUUAUUAAGCUACACGACGUUAAGGACGAAAUCAUAUAGAUACUUCAGUUUCAUUUACUUUGUCCAUAGUUAUGCAAUGAGAGUAAUUUCAUUCGUUCUGACCAAGCUGCAGACAAGAUUUUCACAAUGUACCGCGAUCUGUAAAAUUGCAUGGACACAAUAUUAUGAAUUAAUAUUUAUUUAGUCGUAUAACAUGUUUAUUUACAAUAAUAGUAUACAUAAUGGAUAUAUACAGAGGAUUACUAUAACUAGCUUAAAUCUAA